GGCGUUAGCACACUGACGCCGCAAACCGCGAUAGCGAACAGGAAAAAGCGGUAAACAAGCGAAAUUUAAGCGGUCGUUUUCACACCGCAUUUCAGUAUCGCAUUUUCCUAUUCAUUUUAGUGCAACAUGUCGUUUGAGUCAGACUGGUUUCUUUCUGAAUCUGAAGAAGAAGAACUAUUACUUCUUGUAUCGACAUUAAGAAAAAGACGAAGAAUAUGGGUUCAUGAAAUUAAUCAAAAAAGAAAGAAGCUUGGAGAAAAUAAAUUAUGCAAAGAACUACAGCAGCAUAGUGAUCGUUUUUUCACUUAUUUUAGAAUGUCGCCUGAAACUUUUGAUUACUUGCACAACCAACUUCAGCCAUAUAUCCAGAAGAAAAAUACAAACUUCAGGGAAAGUAUAUCCUCAAAGGAAAGAUUGGCAAUAUGUUUAAGAUUUUUGGCUACGGGCGAUACUUUUACUACUAUUUCAUCUUCAUACCGAAUGGGUAUAAGCACCGUUUCAAGUAUAGUUUCUGAAGUUUGUGAAGCUAUUUGGAAAGUAUUGCAGCCAAUAUACAUUCCAGUACCAACUCUACAGACAUGGGAGCAAAUAUCAGAAGGAUUUUAUACAAUAUGGGGCUUUCCAAACUGCCUUGGGAGUAUUGAUGGAAAACAUAUAACUAUCAAGUCUCCACCUAACAGUGGAUCGAUGUUUUAUUGCUACAAAAAUAAAUUUUCUAUCGUUCUUCUGGCGCUAGUUGAUGCACAUUAUAAGUUCAUUUAUAUAGAUGUUGGAUCAUACGGCAAGGAUUCAGAUAGUACAAUUUUUGAAAAUUCAACACUCUACAAACUUGUAAAAGGAAGGAAAAUGGAAUUGCCUGCAUCUAAACCUUUACCAGGUUGUGAAAACCCUACACCACACGUGUUCAUCGGCGAUGGAGGUUUUAGAUUGGAAACUUUUCUAAUGAGACCGUUUACUAGAGAAUCAAUAAUAAAUGAUCCUGAUAAAAAAAAAUUUAAUCGUGCAUUAAGUAGAGCUAGAGUUGUCGUAGAAUGUGCAUUCGGAAUAUUGGCCCAGAAGUUUCGUAUAUUUUUGAGACCCUUUGAAACUGAUAUAAACAAUACCGUAAAAGUCGUCAAAGCAGCAGCAUGUCUACACAAUUAUUUACAAGAUAUGGAAAGUGCCUAUGUGUAUGAAAACCAAAAUUCUACUAAUCCUUUGGGAGCAUUUGUAUCCAUACAACCAAACAGACAUAGGGCAAAUAAUGAAGCGUUUGAUGUUAGACAAAAUUUUGUGAAUUAUUUUAAAAGCUAGUUUCUGUAAUUAAAUGGAAUGCAUUGUACACAUCUACAGUUUUUAAAACAUCCUUUAAGAUUAUUCCAAACGGACCCCAUGGCUCUGACCCAGUAAGGAGUCCUUAUGAGGAGUCCGUCAGAAUUCAAAAUACCUAAUUUCAUGCUCAUCCACCCUACCGAAAGUUGUAUGGGGUCGGUAGGGAUGAAAACAUCCUAUCUGCCCCUACGUCUUAAUAACCAUUUAUUUAAUUUUUUUUCUUUCUUGAACGCGUAACUUUGCAUUAAUUUGUAUUAAACCGCAGUUAAGGGCCAGGUAAACGUUCAAACUUGUUUGUCAAACUUUACGUUUUCUUCAAACAACCGCGUACACGAUCAAACCAAGGAACAAAAUGAUUUUCAUUAAACGCUUCAAACACGUAGAUCAACGUAGAUUGUUUGACAAACACUUCAAACACAGCCGCACACUCUCAAAAAAAUUGAUAAACACGUAAAAUUUGACAAACACGUUUGAUCGUUUACCGGGCACUUUAGGUUAAAUUCAACUCACCAU